CCCUUUGACCUAAAUAAACGCGGGAAAUCUUCAGUGUUUUGUGAGGCAUCAGCUCUUAGCUCCCGCAAAGAACUAUCUGUCUUGUUCAUGAAGUGAACUUGAGUCGCGUAUCACAUCACUAGCAGCAGUUAGAACAGUCUGUAGCCACCAGCAUGUCUGUGGAAGUUGAUCUGAGCGGGGUGAGUGGCGAGACAGCGGCGGCGGCGAAGCUGCACCUCCUCCCGUGCGAGGUGGAGCACACCGGCCCCGCGCAGGUAACCCGCUUCUUCACGCCGGGCGUCAGGGACAGCGGGCAAGGAGCGCUUCAGGCAUCGUUUCGUGGACGGGAGCUGAGAGGAGAAAACGUUGCCCUGCCAGACGGUUACACGGGAUUAGUUCUGAAGGAAAAGCACAAGGCAGUGUCAGACGAGGAGGCCAGAGUAUUCCAUGCAGCCCAGAAGUUCCAGGAGUUUACCUACUGGAACAUGGAGACCCCUCCCAGUAAGAACGAUGGCCUUCAGAAGGCCUUGCACUGGCUGGAGAUCACCAAGGCAAUUCAUUCACCAGUGGACAAGAACAUCAGCCAAAAUGGGUCACACACCAGAGUAAAAGUUGAAGAUUCAUCACCAUAGUAGUUGUUCAUGUCAGUUCUUCUAAUCUAAAGGAACAUCAUACAUGUAUCAACAAAAGUGUCUUUUUCAAGUUCUUGAACUAUUUUUUCACUUUCAAAACCUGUUUCCACAUUUAUCAGACUUGAUUACAUGGUUUACAGACAUAAAAAGUUAAGGCAAGUGAUCUACAUUGAAAACUUCUACCAUUUUUACUUUUGUCUAUUAGAAGGUGGUCACUGGCUCUAGAACAGAAACAAAAACAUGUAACGCCUUUCUUGUUUUGUAAUUCUGACAACAUGUAAGUAGGGCAUGCAUUGUAAAUAAUAAAUCAGAUGAAAGAGAUAAGUAUGUUCUUUUUCAGUGUUU